CGAGAAAUGGAGGGCAAGGGAGGGAGGGGAGUCAAAGGGGCCAAGAAAAAGAGUGAAGGUGAGUUAGGUACAAGGGUCAGCUCUCCACGAAGAACGUGCAUCAUACUGAACGUGGGGCUCAAAAGCAAGAAAGAAAAGUCAAACUGUGCUUGUCUAGCGCAUGCAGCAGUGAGCCAGUGAGAGGGUGGACGGGACGCGCAUCUCCUCAUCUCCCCGCACCACGGGCCAGGCCCUCGCUCCCCUCUUCUAUCUGCGUUCGGGUGCUGCUGAUCUGACUGUUGAUCUAAAUAUCAUCUGCAAGGCCCCCAUUUUCCCGGACAAGCUCUCCUCUGCGGGGACCAGAGGCUCCUCGCCUGCAGUGUCCAAUGGGGAUGAACUCAACUGAUGUCUAAAUCCUACGCCAUCCCCAACUUCACUAAGUUCCCCUUUGGUGGCGGCCACGGCUCUCCCGCCCCAGCUACUUCCGGUUCAGCUUCCUGGACACCGCCCCACAGUACUGCAUUGCUUCCCUGACAGGAACCAAACUGGGUCUACCCCUGCCACAUGCAGGAUGCUGGGCCUGCUGCUGCUGCCCCUGCUGUGGGCUGGGUCCCUGCAGCAGGAUGGAGGGCACCCGAUCCAGGUGCAGAAGGCGGUGACGGUGCAGGAGGGCCUGUGCGUGCUGGUGCCCUGCUCCUUCUCCUACCCCUUCAGGGCAGGGUCUUCUCCUGAAGAGUUCUACAUGUCCUGGGUCCGGGUCAGGUGAGACUCAUCCUAUGGCGAUGUGGUGGCCACAAACAACCCAAAAUACGAACUAAAGACUGAGAUCAAGGAUCGAUUCCACCUCCUUGGGGACAUCCGGACCAGAAACUGCUCCCUAAGCAUCAGAGGAGACAAGAGAGAGGACACACGAACCUAUGUCUUCAGAAUAGAGACCAAGAGACAUGCAAUAUACACUUAUUUACAUCAUCUAGUGACUGUGCAGGUGACAGGCCUGACAGAGAAACCCGCCAUCCACGUUCCCGAGCCUCUGGAGUCUGGUCGCCCCUCACGCCUCCGCUGCAGCCUGCCAGGGUCCUGCCAAGGGGGGCACUCCCUCGCCUUCUCCUGGUCGGGUGACGCCCUGAACUCCAUGGACCCCGGGACCCUGAAGUCCUCAGAGCUCAUUCUCACCCCACGGCCCCAGGACCACGACACCAGCCUCACCUGCCAGGUGCAGCUCGCAGGAGCUUGGGCGACCACGGAGAGGACCAUCGGGCUCCGCGUCUCCUAUGCUCCGCAGGACCUCAGCGUCAGCCUCUACUUCAAAAAUGGCACAGUGCUGACGACCGUGAGCAAUGGCACAGUGCUUCCUGUCCCAGAGGAACGGUCCUUUCUCCUGGUCUGCACGGCUCACAGCAACCCCCCUGCCUCCCUGAGCUGGUCCUGGAAGGGAAAAGCCCCAGCUCCCUCCCAGGUCUCCAGAUCUGGGAUCCUGGAGUUAUCCCGUGUCAGGGCUGAGGAUGGCGGGGAAUUCACCUGCCAGGCUCAGAACGUGCUGGGCUCCCAGCACUUUUCCUUGAACCUCUCUGUGCAGAGAAUCCCCUCUUCCUGCAUCUGUGUGCCUGAGAGGCAGGGGAGCUCCUGGCCCCUGGUCCUCACCUUGAUCAGAGGGACCCUCAUGGGAGCCGGCUUCCUCCUCACCUACGGCCUCACCUGGAUCUUCUACACCAGGUACGGGGGUGCUCAGGGCUUCAGCGCUGUGAGACCUCACUGAGCCCCUUCUUCUCCACUCUGGAGUGAGCAGUCGGCAUGCAGACCAGACAGGACAAUGGUGGGGACGCCACUGUCACCUCCCUGGAAGCUCUGGACUCACCCUGAUAACUGCCCCUCAGGCCCCGCCUGAUCCCCUCCCCAUCACUUACCCCACUGUUGGUCAUUGCCCUCCUGAGGCCAGAAGACCCCAUCCCUCGCCUUGCUCCCUCUCCUCUCCCUCUCUGUCACAGCCCUGCAGUAAGGAUGAAGUUUGUCACCCAUCACCCCUACCAGGAAUUCCCACAGAGCACCAGAGUUUCCGUCUCCUGACUUCCCUAGCAGCAUGGGCAGUGACACAGGGAAUCACAAGCACAGCUUUUCCUUCCUAGUCCAAGGCCCUACCUCA